UCCAUUUCUCUCAUGCGACGGUCCUGUUUUGAGUUUCCGACUUUUCAUCAAAUAUUAUAUUGACCUAGUGAACGAAUUUUAUUUCAUUCCAUUCAAAAACACUGUAUAUUAUUUACAGACUAUAGAUCUUCAGAUUUCUGUAUGUUUUUUACUGUUUUUGUCGAUAUUCCUGAUUUAUGAUGUUUCACCUAUUUAUUUUAAGUAACCAAUUUUCCCCUAAAGUAAACAGACUAACAACGUUAGCUUUUGCUGACCAGCACGUUUGCCGUGUGCUGCGUCUCGUAAGGUGGAAAGGGGGAGCCUGGAGCUACCUGUCUGCUCUCUCAUACGAGUGUGGCGCCCAAGGGGGCAUUUUCAUCUCGGAGUUGGUCGACUGCGUACUCUUUGGCCCCUGCUUCACUGUAGACGAGUGGAAGGAGGUUAGGUCCCCCUCCCUUUCAAUCGGCUGGUAGGGCAUGCGUAGCACCCUGCUAGGGACUACGUGCUGCAUCAGGAGAGUGCCCUUGAACUCUGAUAGUUUUGGCGGAUCCACGCUCCCCUGUUGUAGUGCUAUACCUGGAGCUACCCUGAACAGAACACCGAGGCUGAGCUUUUCAGAGCCGGUGCUUCUUUUCCCCUUGUUGGGCUCGAUGGUGGGCAUGGGAGUGUCCAGAUGAACGUUUCUAUGAGCUAUGGAGUUACCCAAAGAUUCUGCACACAGUAUCGCAAAUACAUCUAAAUUUGAUCUAUCCAAAUGUCCCAACUACGACCCAGCAAAAUCCAGAUUUCUAGUUCUUAAUUCUAAAGACAAAAAACUUAGUACUGUUUCACCAUUCAUUAUUCAAAAAUUCUUAGAAUCCCAAAUCGGAAACCCUAAAAAUGUUCGUCAAUUGCCGUCAGGUGAUUUACUAGUUGAAACCAAUUCUAAUAAGCAAACCAUGUCACUUCUACAAUCACGUAAAAUAGAUAAUAUAUCUAUAACUGUUACUCCUCAUAAUACCCUCAACAUAUCAAAAGGUGUCAUUACAGUUCAAUCAUUACAAUAUCUCCCAAUCAGCGAGAUUAUUGAAGGUCUUUCUGAUCAAUCAGUUGUUGAUGCACGCCAUAUAACCAUUAAGAGAGGCAAAGAUAUAAUUACUACUCAACAUUUAAUAUUAACUUUCAAUUCCGCCACUCUAUCAACUGACAUUAAAGUAGGCUAUAUUAAUUGCAAAGUACGACCAUAUGUUCCUAACCCUCUUCGAUGCUUUAAGUGUCAGAAGUUUGGCCAUUCGACUAAUCACUGCAGAGGUAAAGAUCGACUAAUCACUGCAGUGAAUUUGGACAUACAUUUCAAACUUGCACCCGGCCUGAAAAAUGUACGAACUGUUCAGAACCUCACUCCGCCAACUCCCGACUCUGUCAAAAAUGGAAAACGGAAAAACAAAUCAUCAGCAUCAAAGUUAAUCAAAAUCUGACAUACACUGAAGCUAAAGCUAAGUUCUUAAGUUCUCAACCAAGACCUAAUAUUUCAUAUUCUGCAGCAUUAUUCAAUAGUAAACCGAAGAAAUCCAUAGGUAUUCAGUAUGACGCAACUGAUACCGAACUAAAUAAUACACAUUUCAAAGUACUAUUGCCUAAACCAACAGCAAGCUCAACUAAUAAAGAGCACUCUGGAAAAUCUGUCAUCUCUCGUACAACACUUUCACAAACCUCUGCAGAAAAACAAAAAUAUCUGAAACUGACACCACAAUUGGUAACUGUGUUACAACAAAAACUCCACUAGUGACUAAUCCAAUCUCCACUAGUGACUAAACACAAAUAUAUACCAAAGAGCAGACAAAAUAAAUUUCAUAAGAAUAGGCCAAAACAAUCAAAAGACAAAGAACAGGAAUACUUACAAUCAGAUGCAAUGAGCACAGACGAAAACACUGCAGAUGAAAUUUCAGAUACACAAAUGCAAACAGAUAAAGGGUUGGAAACACCACCCAAUCUCUGUCCAAAAAAUACUAAAUCUAAAAAUCGGAAGCAAUAAAUGGCUAAAAUAAUAUCUUGGAAUUGUAGGAGUUACAACACUAAUAAACCUGACGUUAUAGAUAUAAUAAAUAAGUUCUCUCCGUGUUGCAUUUGCUUACAGGAAACAUCACUAAAACCUAUUCUCCGAACUAAAUUACAUGGAUAUUAUGUCAUCAGGAAGGAUAAUAUAGGCAAUAGUAAAGCUUCAGGUGGAGUCAUGAUCAUGACUUCCUGUAUGUAUCCCUCUAGUAUGGUUUCACUAAAUACCUCUUUGCAGGCAGUUUUUGUCCGCCUUAGUAUUCAAUAUUUAUUGACAGUAUGUUGCAUCUAUCUCCCACCUCGAGAUGAUGUAUCUGAAGCAGAUCUUGAUGAACUUAUUGCACAACUCCCACAACCUUUCAUUAUAAUAGAUUUUAAUGGCCAUAAUCCCAUCUGGGGUAGUUCGGACACAAAUAGUAGAGGAAUCUUAAUUGAAAAACUUAUCAACAA